AUGGCCGAUGACCCUCAAGAGACACAAGAUAACGGCAGCAGCUCAUAUCGUACUCUCAACGUUCGCGACGCACUCAGCUAUCUCGAUCAGGUCAAAGUUCGAUUCCAAGACCAAAACGAUGUCUACAACCAAUUCUUGGACGUCAUGAAACUCUUUAAAACUCAGUCAAUCGACACUCCAGGCGUGAUCGAGAGAGUCUCCACUCUAUUCAGAGGCUACCCUUCCCUGAUUCAAGGAUUCAACACUUUCCUCCCGCCUGGGUUUCGGAUAGAGUGCACCCUGGUCAGGCGAACCUCCUCCAACACCGAAGAAGCUGACUUGGUCACCGUCUAUACUCCUGGAGAGAUCACUCAUAAAACCAGUCUAUUCCCCAGGGACGGUAGCCCAGCGACGAUACUCACCGAUCACUCCGUUGGAUCUUUGCCCCCUGGCUGGAUUCACGUUCCGGCUGAUCUUCCGUCUCUCUCGACUACUUCAGCUGAUCCAACCUCAACAGCCGAAACCACUUCGAAAAGCUCAGCUAGCAACCUCUCGCCCACAGAGCCCACCAGCAUACCCCCAAUUUCUGACAUAACCCAGCCAAGCCCAUCGGACCAUUCAAGACCUCUGAGCACUUCAAACCAAUCUUCCGAUCCCUCCUCGAAUCUUUCUAUUGUCGGACCCCCCGAGCUACCCCCUAAGUCUAACAGCUGUCGCCAACGAUCUACGAGCCCACAGGCCACCAGUCAGGAACAGCACAAAAUCCGCUCACAGAGUCUCACUUUACCCCACACAAUACCGGAUUCGACCACAAAAGAUCCUAUUGGCCAUAAUCCUAGUUCCUCUUCGACAAAGUUCACCCCGGCAACCCUGCUAAAUGAACCUCGUCUGACCAGUCCCGGUUUAUUAUCUAGAGCUCAUUCACCUGCCAUGGAUGGCCUAGCCGUUGAUCCAGUAAUAAAUCAAAGGGUACCUACGCCUACUCCCACCAACGAGCAUCCAAUAUCAUCCAGACCUACCCAUUCAGUUCAAACCAACCAAAAUCCCCCGAAUAGCCGUCAUUACAGCCUAGAACCCAGUAGUACAUCCAAGCUUGCCAUCGCGCCCGAUCUCACAGAUCCUAGCAAGUUCAAACCAUCUCAACCCAAACCUAUCCGUCCAAAUUCAACGCUUAUCCCAGGCAUUCAUCCGCCCCAACCUAAUCUCAACGGCAAACCGGUUGAGUUUAACUAUGCUAUCAAUUACGUCAACAAGAUCAAACAUCGCUUUAUUGAUCAGCCGGAAAUUUAUAAAACUUUUCUCGAGAUACUUCAAACUUACCAAAGGGAUGGAAUGGCCAUUGAUUCGGUCUAUGUCAAGGUUACCAAGCUGUUUUCGAAUGCAUCUGAUCUGCUGGACGAGUUCAAACAGUUCUUGCCUGAUCUCAACGCGAGCUCUGUCGCGGGGCAAGUUUCGAAAUCACCAUUUCCACCACCACUCGUAAAAACCUCUUCGUCUACCAACCCCCAGCCGAAUACCUCCCCCCAAUCGUCACAACAGUCUAGCGCAACUCGAAAAACCUCGCAUGAAAAAGUGGCAAACCCUAUAUUCCUAUCACAUCCUCAGCCUCUCUACCAUCCCUCGACUUCCUCAAAACCGAACCACAGGGUAACCCCAGAUACAUCAAGGGCAUACAAAUCACAUUCUGCCCUGCAAAAUAACCUUCCAACUGAUCAUAUUCAGGACCCAACCGGACAAUCCAUCAAACCUUCUCCUCCUCGUUCGCAAUCCCCUAGUAAGGUCCAUUCCAACCUAGCUCGCGGCGCUUCUCCUGCCCUCCCAAUGGUUCUCGACCCUCAAGUACUCUCGAGUACAACUAAUGGCCUUCUAGAUCCACAUGUUGCUAGCUGUGGUCUUUCAAGCGUACCAACUGCCGCACACACAGGAACAGGUUUAAUGGGUCAAUCAAAUAAUGGAUUUAUCGCAAGCGCUUCACCGGCCAGAGCCUCUGGGUCGCACCUCGUCUCAUCUACAGUACCCGAUUACCACCCGCUUCAUCAGAAAAGGUUGUUGGCAAGUCCGGCCAAUCCAAUCCCUGCAGAUGACGAGUUCCCGGGACCGCCUAAGAAGAAAAGAGCUCUAGGAAAUGGAAACCUUGAAGAUACCAGUCUUCGGCCGAUCAAUGACCAUUCUACCAUUCCCACUGAACCUCACACGACUGCUUUCCUACCAGACGAUUUCGCCUCUAAGAAGAUCAAGCGCUCAAAGUCCAAGACAAGUGCAAGCGCUGAGUCGAUGCCACCUGCGGUCACCAAUGAAGCCGUACAGCAUCGAAUUGCCACCUUUCUCGAGCAGUACCGCUCAUCCCAACCCGAAUCGCACGAGGCAACAAACACGGAGCCAGCGCCACAUAACUUUGCUACACCAUCGGAACCGUAUAGAAAUCAGCCACAGCCGCUGCCCCAUCACGCCGUUGAUCCCACGAUCGGCGGCCCAUCGGCUUACAUCCAUCCCCACUUGCAAUUGGUUCAUGAUCCUCAUUUGGGAAGCUCAAAUCUGGCCGGAUACUCGACUUGUCAACCGUCCUACGUCGAGACCCACGAUGCAAUGGGAGGUCGUACACUGACUAACACCAAGGAGGUCGCUCUAUUUGAGUCAAUACGAAAGUUUCUCAAUGAUCAAGAUCUCUGGCUAGAAUUUCUAAGGGUCUUAGACCUUUACAAUCGGUCGAUCAUCGAUUUCAAAACUUUAUUGGAUCGAGUAUCAGUCUUCAUUGGCGAUGAUGACGAACUGUUGGAGGACUUCAAAGGAUUGGUUGGAUAUGACGUCAAGAACGAUGGCUUGGUCGAAGGAGAGGUGUGGGAGAUCAGGAAUCAGGACAUACGAGAGCGCGACAAAGUUGAUGCAUCAACGAUCCAAAAGGAGUAUGGGCCAAGUUACAAGCGACUACCGCGGGCUGAGAUCGAUUUGGCGUGUUCAGGAAGAGACGAGUUGUGCUGGAGUGUUUUGAAUGAUGAAUACUUCGGGGCGGCGAAAUUCGGAACGGAGUCUGGUGGACCAGGGCAUCGGAAGACGAACUUUGAAGAGGUGGUUGCAAUGACUGAGGGGGAGCGAGCGCAUUUCUCAUACUGGUUAGAAUGUAUCAGUCGGACGAUCGGCCAUCUUGAAUGCUUACGAGCUCGGAUCGACGAGAUGGAAGACCGAGAUAAGGCAAGCUUCACACUGGGAGAUAAUCUCGGCGGAGGCAGUCCAUCUAUCUACCAUCGUACCCUUCGCAAAGUGUACGAGAGUAAAUAUCAAUCUACCAUCUUGCCUUACCUGCGCGACUACCCUGCAAAUACCAUCCCAAUCGUGCUCCGCCGGCUAAAGGAACUCGAGCUGAGCUGGAAGUCUGCUGAAUCUCAAUGGAACCUGAUCUGGAGAGAGGUAGAACGAAAGAAUUACUACAAAGCUCAAGAUCAUCAAGUGAUCGCGUUCAAGUCCAACGAAAAGUCUCUGCUCAAAGGCCAGAACUUGUUGAAAGAGAUUCACGACUUGAAAAGGGACCAGAAGGCUUUGGUUUUCACGGUGAGUCUCAAUGAAGACGGAGAGGCUUAUCAAGAUCCUUCCAAAAAAUUCGAACCGUCCGUAAACUCCCCAACACGAAUGGAUGUAGACAAGGAGUCGGUUCCCAACCCAUCAUCCCCAGAUCACGUCGAGAUAAUCUUAGAGAGCAAGAUACCCCAAAAGAUUCAUCGAUCACCUGCUCCUUCAAGAGCAGCCCAUCAAAUCGAACUUGGAUUCGAAGAUAUGGAAGUUUUUUUUGAUGUUCUGAGGAUCAUCAUCAUGGCGCUCGACCGGUCUGCACUAUCAAAUCCAGAGCGAAGACGGAUCGAUGAAUCCCUUCGGACGUUCAUCCCGGCGGUCUGGAACAUUUCAGCGACCGAGCUAGAGAAACAGAUCCCGAUUAUCUACGAUGAUGAGUCUAGUGAGCCGAGCGAGUACGGCCGUCCCACUCAGCCGAGCCAUGACGGCCCGACGACGACCAAUCAGCAAAAUGUACUGGACCAGAAGGGUAUCGAGACCCUCACGGAAGGCCUCUUGAAGAUCCAGACCUCCCAGGAAUCCAGACGUGCCCGCUCCCAAAACCUCGACACCCCCAUGUCUUCCCCUCAACAUUCCUAUCAACUCACCCCUGCCGAAUAUGUCGCCACUACAAUCCCUCAACCUGCUUUCAACGAGCCACAUGGGCCUAGCUUCACCGGCUUGAAUAAAUGGACUAAGAUUUCGGUGGUCGAUAAUCGGCCGAGCGAUCAUCCGGGCGCUGAGCAACCGGCCGAUCGACGAGCCGGACGAUGUUAUAACGUCUUUGGAUCUUCGACAUAUUACUUGUUGGUCCGGUUACUGCACACACUCUACAUGAGGUUGAUCAAGUUGAAAACGAUCGGACUCGAGUUGGGAAAACAAAAGCCUCGGUGGAGACGGAUCAAUCCGGUAGCCAUCGAGCUCGGUCUCAGCCACUCGAUCAUCGGCCUGGAUGACCAUCCUAAUCCCUCAUCCCAAUUAUAUCCUUAUUGUUUGGAUCAACUCUCCCGCUACUUCGAUGGUGAAAUCGACUUCCACGCUUUUGAGGAAUCGAUCCGCGUUGCAUUCCCUAGACAUGGCUAUCUUCUCUCGACUGUCGACAAACUAACGAACUCGAUCUUAAAACAAUUUGCACAAAUUCAUCAAGAACAUAGAAACAAAGAGUUGUUGAAUUUGUUGAAUCGGGAGCGGAUUCUUAGUUCGAUGAACCCGAUCACUCAGAUAUCUUAUCGGCAUCAAGCGGAAUCGAUCCUGGAAGAAGAGGAAGGUGAACUGUAUCGUGCUGAAUGGCAUCCCGAAAGAAUGUCCUUGAGUUUCCAGAUCUUGAAUCAAGGAGAGUCGACGUUCGAAGUCAAGACAGCCGCAGAGAAGUUGAUGCAUUACGUCGACACCUACGAGUUCGAAACGAGCACCGAGCUAGUCCAGCCAACGAAAGUGAGACGGCCGUUCCUGAGGUCCAACUUACUAAUUGAAGAGCACUCGGAAGAUGAGGAGAAUGAAGGAGAAGAAGGCAAAGAGGCAGCAGGGGCAGAAGACCACGAGAUGCCGAUGAACACCGACGAUCGAAGUGUUGCGCUGGAUCGGUCCCUGAAGGCGAAGAGGAAGCGGGGCGGCCGAUUAGUGUUGCUUAACUCGAACAAGAUCCGACUGUCAAUUGACGCGAAGACGUACAAGCUACAGUUCAACAAUCAUCGAAAUACAAACCAACAAGCAAAGUCUUCUUCCUCGAAGCCGACAAAUAUGGGACAUUUGCAGGACGAACCUACCGACCUCUUGGUCGUCAAGGACUUUAGCUUACCUUCCUCCCCCGACCUUGGCUCUCAAAAGACCAUCCAAAACCAGAAGUUCAUGGCUUGGCUGGCCAAUCGUCAAUCCGAGUUGAACGAACUCAAUCGUGCCGUUUGA